GUGAAGCUCGACAUGUAAAAACUUACCACGCAAACAAAAUCAAAGUGUUUACAGUAAUUAAUUAAGCAGAUAAAAUGUCCUACCUAGGGUAAGUGUGGACAUGCGAUAUCUAACACCUAUAUAAGUGCAAUCAACGUAGAUGUGUCUUUGGUUUCUGAUAACAGCAGAGCUCCUUCAAAUCCCCAUCAUGGCCUGGCUCAAAACAACUCUCGCCCUUCUCCUCCUGACGUCAUCGGCGUGCCUGGGACAGGAGUGUAGACCCGGGGACAACUGCAAGGCUCCCGACUGCCGGUGUUGGGACGACUCCUCCAUCCCCGGGGGCCUGGACGCCGCCGACACACCCCAACAGGUCCUCAUCUCUUUCGACUACGGCGUCAACACCGCCAACUAUGAGCUCUACACCAACCUGUUCAAGGGGCUGAAAAAUCCCAACGGCUGUGAACCUAAGGGGACUUUCUUUGUGUCCAAGACUAACACAGAGUUCGGUCUGGUCAAGCAGCUGUCAGACGCUGGUCACGAGAUCGGGAUGACCACUCCUGACGGUCUGAUCCCUCAAGACCAAGACCAGUGGCAGGCGGCCUUCAGAGAAAUGAAGGCAGAAUUGGUUGGCGCCGGAAUUCCUGAGGCCCAAAUACAGGGCAGUCGGGGACCAGAGCUGUAUGCUGGGGGAAAUGACCAGUUUGGCGCCAUUUCCGAUGUGGGUUUGGGCUACGAUUCAACAUGUGUGAGCAUUGAAUACAGAUCCAAAGAGAACUUGAAAUGGCCGUAUACUUACGACUUCGUCGAGGGAACCCCAGAUUGCACUAUCGGAAAGGCACCCACGCAGUCCUUCCCAGGAAAAUGGCAGUUCUUGGUGGCAGACAUUGAGUACAAAGGACAGAAAUGUGCCAGUCCUUCCGCCUGUUCACCCCUCAUCCAAACGUCCCAAGACGCCUUUGAUAUGCUCUACGAAGCCUUUGGAGAUCACUUUGGGGGCAAGAGAACUCCCUAUCUCCUGUACCUGAACCCUCAGUGGCUCACCAUCCCUCAUCAGAGGGAAGGGACUCGCCAGUUCCUAGAUUUCCUUAUGUCUUCUUUCGAUGAUACUUGGAUCCUCACCACUCAACAGUCUCUGGCCUGGAUGAAGGAGCCAGUAUCUUCUGGAAACACAACCGACUUCAACCCAUGGGCAUGCGUGUAAGACAGUGCGGCUGCGCACUGACCUUUCCUACCUAGCUACGUCAUCAUCACGUGACAAGACAAUAGGACAAGGUCAAGAUCAGAGUCAAGCGUAUCUGUACAUAGCUGGAAGUCUCUGUUUUAUGUCUGAGUCACACUGACAUACACAUAUACACACGCAUACACAAGCACACAUCAAAAACACACACACACAGACAGACACACGCACACACACACACACACACACACACACACACACACACACACACACACUUACACACACACAAACACACGGUAACAUACACUCUUACAUACACACUCAAACACAUUAACACACACACAUACUCACACACACACGCACACAAACACACAUACGUACAAGCACAGCAUAUUCAUGCAUAAGAAACGGUAAACAUUUUUAGAAGCAAUAAAAAGGAAACUUAAAGAUAACAAAAA